AUGCAUUAAAGAUAAGAAUAAUUCGAUGUGAGUUUUUGAUGAACAAAACUAAACCAAAUCAGCAUCCGUCAAGGUUGGGGACCUCCAUACGGCACAAUUUUCCGCAUAUUACUAAACACGUCAUUCAUCGUAAGCACUAAGAAGUCAUCACCAUCCAUCACCGUUCCAAUGGCAACAACUCGCAUGAUCCUCAGAGCAAUUAAGAAACGCCCCUUUUUGUUCCCCGCAUCAUCCCACUCCUUCUCCUCUUCUCGACACGUGCUCAUAGCAGAUUCAGAAAAAUUCAAGAACCCUCUGGCAGAACCAUGGGCAAAACUAGUCCAUUUAGUCCAGCAGCAAGGGGGUUAUUCUCAUAUAAUUGCUGCUUCAAAUUCUUUUGGCAAAAAUAUCAUGCCCCGUGCAGCUGCCCUUUUAGACGUUUCUCCAAUUACUGAUGUUACUGGAAUUUCCGAUGCACAGACUUUUGUGAGGCCAAUAUAUGCUGGAAAUGCACUUUGUACUGUCCGCUAUACGGGUUCCAAUCCUUGUAUACUGACGAUUAGAUCCACAUCUUUUCCUAUUCCCCAGAAAUCAAAUGACUCAAAAGCUGAGGCUUCAAUAUCCCAGGUCAACCUUUCGAACUUCGAUGAAGCAGAUCUGAACAAGUCUAGAUAUAUAUAUCAAACUUCUCAGGAUGAUGAAGGACCAGAUCUUGGAAAUGCACGGGUUGUAAUUACCGGUGGCCGAGCACUAAAGAAUGCUGAGAACUUUAAAUUGAUAGAAAAUUUGGCCAAGAAACUUGGUGGUGCUGUUGGUGCCACACGUGCAGCUGUUGAUGCAGGGUUUGUCCCAAAUGACCUUCAGGUAGGGCAAACUGGGAAGAUUGUUGCCCCUGAACUCUACAUGGCUUUCGGUGUAUCCGGAGUUAUUGUUGCCGUGAACAAUGAUGCUGAUGCUCCUAUAUUUCAGGUUGCUGAUUAUGGACUUGUAGGAGACCUAUUUGAGGUGAUACCAGAGUUGCUAGAGAAGCUUCCUGAGAAAAAAUAAAGCGUGUAACAUGCAUCAGUAUGAAUUGUGCACUUUCUCAAUGUUUCAUCUUGUAACAUUUAAAUUGCUAUUAUUUUUCCAAAAAUAAAGAAAAUGAGGUUCAUUGAUGAAUCCCCAGAAUACUAGACUGUUCGCUUUUCCUAUUUCGAUGGAUUCAAUUGAUGCACUAAAUCAUCUAGCAUUGAUCAAAACCUGAGGAUUGAAGUGUAAAUUUAACAAUUAACAUGAAGAGUAGGCUUUGCUAAGUUUGUGAUAAGUUAGUAAGUGUUAACAAAGAACAAAAGAAAGUUCAUCAGUA